CCAAAAUUUUUUAUUGGAUCAAUUAACCUCGCAAUAACGGAGGAUGGCCGACUCUACUCGUGGAACAUUAAUUUCUCCCUACAAGACCACACACCCAAACAAUUAGGCCGUUUGGUUUCUCCACGUGGCGGGGAGGGGAUAGGGUCAGCUGGUCGCCCUGGUCUUGUCACGGGGAGUUUGACGGGGCAGAAAGUGGUGCAAGUGGCCAUCCCGGGCGAAGGAGUGGGCCGUGUCGUAGCGCUAACUGGAGGUGGAGAGGUGCACGAAUGGGGGGGCAAUUCCGGAGUACCGGAGACGAUUUCCAAAAGAUAUUUUGAAGGCAAAGCGGUCAUCUCCGUGGUAUGUAGUUUUGAGGAGACCCUCGCCCUUACGGAGGAUGGAAGGAUUUUUCAGUGGGGAAAGAGUUCAUACAAGCCAUGUAGGUCGGAUCUACGCAGCACACCGGUGACAAAGAUUGUAGCGUCAAGAAAAGCCUUGUUCGCACUGACUGUUGAUGAAAACUUGUACUGGUGGAUGGAUCAAGGAUCUGGAACGACAACUACGUCGGUUUGGUCGAAGGUGACGACGUCUCCAGAGUUUCGCAACAUCCAAGACAUCGCAACCUGUUGGAAGAGAGAUGUUUUGGUUGUCGAGCUGAAGAAUAAGUCGCUCUUUAGGGACGAGUUGGUAAAUCAGGGGUUUAAAAUUGAACCGUAUUUCACAAAUUCUAUAAACAAUGUUACGGACAUGUACUACGUCACCCGUCGAACUAUUGGGGCGACCAGGGCUGGAGAAAUUAAACCACGCACGGUGGGUGGUGACAUUGCCACCUUGUGGAGAACAAACGAAAAUGCAGACGUUACGUUUUCCGUGGAGGGGAAAACCAUCACAGCGCACAAAUUAAUUCUCACGUGUCGAAGUGAUUAUUUCGCCAAAAUGUUUAGCAACGAGUGGAAAGAGGGGGACGGAUCCAAGAUUGAGAUCAAGGACACGAAGCACGACGUCUUUGAAGCCUUCCUCUUCUACAUUUACCACGACGAGGUCAAGUUCUUGGAUGACGAGUAUGAAAACAUUUUUGACCUCAUGAAAUUAGCGGACUCAUAUUGCGACAUUACCAUCCGGCGUGAAUGUGAGAGGAUUCUGAUCCACAACAUUGACGAGGAUAAUGCCUUCUUCCUCGUGCGAAAUGCAGCCUCCGCGAAUGCCUCGGCCUUGGAGAGCACUGUUGUCCAGUAUAUUUUCGAAAAUGGACUUCUCGCCGACAAAUCAUCGCCUCAAGAGCUUAUUGACUUGGUGGGGAUGGAAGCAUUCCAAAAAUUGGCGAUGGCUGCCAUAUAUCAUUGCUCCAUAGUUCGCGAUCGAGGGGUCCAACAAGAAUUUUAAUUUAA